AUGGACGACUCUGAGAAGAAAGCAAUGGAGAUGAUGGCCCAGGCCGAAAAGAAGUUGAAAUCUUCGUCAGGAUUUUUAGGAUCUUUGAUGGGAGGUAAUUCUAAAGUAGAAGAUGCUGCUGAGUUGUAUACUAAAGCUGGACAUUCCUUCAAAAUGGCCAAAAAGUGGGGAGAUGCCGGAAAUGCGUACAGCAAGGCGGCCGGCAUACAUCAGAGAUUAGGGAACAAAUUAGAAACUGCGUCCCAUUUUAUAGACUGCGGUAACUGCUUUAAGAAAGUUGACAGAAAAGAAGCUGUAAAUUAUCUAUUGAAAGCCAUUGAAGUAUACGUAGACAUGGGUCGUUUUACCAUUGCUGCCAAGCACCACAUGGAGAUAGCUGAACUCUACGAACAAGAACCUGUUGACAUUAAAGAGGCUAUGGAAUAUUACCAGAGAGCCGCUGAUUUUUACCAAGGGGAGGAGUCUAAUAGUUCAGCCAAUAGGUGCUUGUUAAAAGUGGCGCAAUACGCCUCUGAACUCGAGAUGUAUGACAAAGCUGCUACUAUUUAUGAAAAUAUCGGCACCUCAUCGAUGGACAACCCUCUUCUCCGACACGGUGCCAAGGAUCAUUUUUUCAGAGCCGUGGUCUGCCGAUUGUGUCAAGAUGUGCAAGAUGCAGAGAAUGCUCUGGUCAAAUAUAGCGAUAUAUGUACAGUCUUUGGUGACUCCAGAGAAGUUAAGCUUACUAAGGCUCUGCUGGCGGCCAUUGAGGAAAAGGAUGGCGAGGCUUUUGGCGCCGCUACCAAAGAUUAUGAUAGUAUCAGCCGUUUGGAUCCAUGGUUUGUUAAGAUGUUCCUCAGAGUUAAGAAGACCAUUGAUAAUGAAUCAGAUUUGUUGUGAGCUGUUUGAUUGGCUGGUUGGUUUGUCGAUUGAUUGGUUGGUUGGCUAGUUCAUUGAUUAGUUGAUUAGUUGAUUGGUUG